AUGCCGGGUAACUGGAAUGAAAGAGGCGCGGCCUGGAACGCCGGCGAGGGCGAAGGAAACUGGCAAGAAGCUGGUUUUGACAAUGAGAAUAACUAUGCAGAGGAAACUGGAGGUAUUGGCCAGGCUGAAGGGUCUGGAAAUGACGGUGGCUGCCGCAACUGCGGACAGUCUGGACAUUUUGCCCGCGAAUGUCCUGAGCCACGCAAGGCCUCUGGAGCUUGUUUCAACUGUGGUGAGGAGGGCCACAAUAAAGGAGAUUGCCCGAACCCUCGCGUUUUCAAGGGCACUUGCCGCCUCUGCAAUACAGAAGGCCACCCAGCUGCAGAAUGUCCUGAGAAGGGACCUGAAAUCUGCAGGAAUUGCAAAGCUGAAGGCCACAAAACCAAAGACUGCACAGAAAACCGAAAGCUUGAUCAAAAUGAUAUUCCCGAUAAAAUGCCCGAAGAAGCCUGGAGCAUGAUGGAAAAGGCGAGCAAAGAACGAGAUCUAGAAGAUUUCCGCGAUGCUUUUAAAAUCUACUCUAAAGCAGCACCUCUAGCAACGUUUGAUGAUAUCGAGAAAGGUCUGCGCAAGGAAAAAUUCAACGUUUACCUUAUUGCAUUGGAGAGAGAAAUUGGGGACACUCUGAUCUCUAUUAACCUGCAGGGGAAACUAAAUUGCAAAUAUGUUGUGGGCUUCUACUUCAGCGAGAAACCGCAACGUGCGAAUCUCAAGACACGUUGGCCAAGUUCUCCUGAAGAUAAUCUCAACCGUCUUGCCGAUGCAGGUUUUCCUAUGGAUCGUCAGGUUCCGAAAUGUGACAACUGCGGGGAAAUGGGGCACAUCCGCCGUAGCUGCAAACAGGACCGCGCCGAAAUUGAGAAAGUUGAAGUUAAGUGUGUGAUUUGCAAGGAGGCAGGCCAUCGCGCUCGUGAUUGCACCCAGCCUCGCAAGGAAAGAUCUGGCUGCCGUAACUGCGGCCAACCUGGGCAUAAUGCCAAAGACUGUACAGAACCCCGAUCUGCCGAAGGCGUGGAAUGCAAGCGGUGCCAGCAAGUUGGUCAUUUUGCAAAGGACUGCCCCGAAAAGGGUGAUGGCAACAGGGCGUGUCGCAACUGCGGUGCGGAAGGGCACCUUUCAAGAGAUUGCGACAAGCCGCGCAACAUGGAUAAUGUUACAUGCCGGAACUGCGAGAAAACUGGACAUCUGAGCCGCGAAUGCCCCGAAAAGAAAGAUUGGUCAAAGGUUCAGUGCAGCAACUGCAAGGAGAUGGGCCAUACGGUCAGGCGCUGUAAACAACCGAUGGAGGGCGGAGAGAGUGGAAACGGUGGGGAGUACGGCGGGGCUCAUGGUGGGAGCUACGGCCACGGCGGAGGCGGACAAGAUGCCUGGUGCGAACCCUCUGGUCAAGUCGGAGGAUGGCCCAACGACCAAGCCAACACUGGCAGCAGCUGGUGA